AUCAUGACGCAACGCUCAGCCACUGUUACAUAUGCUUCCAUUAAGCAGCCAGGUGUUUGUAAUAAUGCAAGAAAGAAACUGAUAGCCAAAAGUAAGAAAGCAAUGUCUAGGCAUUCCAGUAGUCGGCAAACGGUGGAGGCUGCACCGCCGAGACUGAUUCGGGUAGAUCGGCGGGCGAGCUUGGAGAAAAAGCUACCUACCAUUAAAGAAGAUGAAUGUAGCAGUGGUGAUCAGCUUCAAAGCUUCAAUGGAAAUCGCACUGUAUCUUCUUCUGCCAAGACCCUUUACAGUACGAAACAUCAUGCUUGUAAUUAGUCGACUCGUGACAAAAAUCAAUAAAGAAUGGCAAUUUUUUUUUUGUA